CCCACUUCCAGUCAAAGGGUGCCAGCCAAAACAGCAGAAAAAGAAGAUGGCAAGAAUACUGUCUCUUUUCCUCCUGGGUCUUGUGGCUGUCUGUGCCGUGCAUGGAAUAUUUAUGGACAGACUUUCUUCCAAGAAGCUCUGUGCAGAUGACGAGUGUGUCUAUACUAUUUCUCUGGCUAGAGCUCAAGAAGACUAUAAUGCCCCAGACUGUAGAUUCAUUAAUGUGAAAAAAGGGCAGCAGAUCUAUGUUUAUUCAAAGCUGGUAAAAGAAAAUGAAGCUGGAGAAUUUUGGGCUGGCAGUGUUUAUGGCGAUGACCAGGACGAGAUGGGAAUCGUCGGUUAUUUCCCCAGCAACUUGGUCAAGGAGCAACGUGUGUAUCAGGAAGCUACCAAGGAAGUUCCCACCACGGAUAUUGACUUCUUCUGUGAAUAAGAAAUCAGUUAAAACUUCAGAUAGAAACACCAAAUAUAAAGAAUAAAUAAAAAAUAACCAAAAAUGCAUGUCUUUAAUUUCUGACU